AUGGAGUCAUUUUUUCGUCGAAUGUCGUUAAUAGUUUCGAAAAAUAGUACCAAAUCAACGGGCGUCAAUGAAAAUGAACAAGAAAAUAGCGAAGAAGAUUACGGCCGACUAAGAACUUUUCGUGAGAUGCAGGAACGACGGAAAUCAGCACCUGAUAUUCACAAACGCGCACCUCCAACUAGCAAAGUACCCAUGGAAUCGGAAAACAAUUCUUGGUUAAGUGAUCCAAUGAAUGUAAAGAAACUAACAACGGAAAUCAAUUUGAAUCUUUUUUCACGUCCACAUUCGAAUUCAACGGGUAAGUUCGAGUGA